AACUCGACUAUAUAAACACGCCCUAGGCUGAAAAACAAAUUAUCCCACAAAGAGGAUUAUCUUUGUUUAUCUAAUGUCUGUUUUGAAACCAAACUACAGUCGUUACUUAUUGCGAAACGGAACGAGUAGGGCAUGUCAGUCUUACCGCGAAAGAAAAUCAUGUUCGGUUGUUCAUUCCUAUGGACUGUGUUAAUUACUCUCAAAAUUUUUGUUCUUGUUUAUAAUGAUUGCACCUACGCAGAAGGCACAACUUAUGGCCGAGUAAGAUAUAUUUUUCAGAUUAUCAGCGGGGAUGAGCUGAAUUUAAGACACCUGAUUGGCAGGAGGCAAGACCAGAUUUCAUUCUACCACAAGUGUCUGUUCAACCUGUCGCCUUAUAAUCAGUACCUUAUGAAACAGUGGCUCGUCUAUCAUCUGAACGUUUUAAAAUUUGAUCUCGCACAAAUGACUCCGAGUGCAAAUGAGACAGACAAAAAUUUAAUAAAGCAGUUGGACGAGGAUUACUGGGACUCUGAGCCGUCGAUAAACGGCCCGGAUUCGGCUUUCAGGAAGUACGAGUACAUCCUGACCUUCUUCUACCACCAGUUGGAAUCCUACGUUAACACCCCGGCCGACCUGGAAACUCCGUACUGGAAGAAGAUAAGGAAGUUCGUAACAACAAACCUGUUUGUAUAAUAAAUAAUAAAAAAAAAAAUCUUAAGUAA